CUAUUUCAACACCCUUUAGCUGCUGGCAGAGCUAUAAAGAAACUCUGCUCGGAUUCACAAUUGGAGAUGCUCGGUUGCUAUUUGACGCAGGGUAUGCAUUGGAUUUGGUGAGUUACAAUUCGAUGAUUGAUGGGUAUGUAAAUAAUAAGGAAAUUGGUGCAGCACGCCAACUUUUUGAUGAGAUGUCAGAAAGAGAUGUAUUUAGCUGGAAUUCUAUGAUUGCUGGGUAUGUGGGGAUUGGCGAUUUGGAAGCUGCACAAGAUUUGUUUGACAGAAUGCCAACAAAAGACGUGGUGUCCUGGAAUUCUAUGAUUGAUGGGUAUGCAAAGAUUGGAAACGUUUCCUUAGCUCGUAAGUUUUUUUAUCAAAUGCCCAUUAGGAAUGUGGUCUCUUGGAAUUCUAUGUUGGCAAUAUAUGUGCGAUCUAAAAAUUUCAGUGAAUGUUUGAGACUGGCUGAUAGAAUGAUGGAAAGAGGAGAAGCUAUGCCUAAUGAGGCUACUCUGGUGAGUGUUCUCACAGCAUGUGCGAAUUUAGGGCGGCUUGAUAUAGGUUUAAGGGUCCAUUCUUAUAUCAAAAGUAAGAGCAUUAAAUCCGAUGUCUUACUUUCAACCAGUCUUCUGACAAUGUAUGCAAAGUGUGGGGCUAUGGAUAUGGCUAAAGAAGUUUUUGAUGAGAUGCCAAUCAAAAACGUUGUAUCAUGGAAUUCCAUGAUCAUGGGAUAUGGAUUACAUGGCAAUGGUGAGAAAGCUCUGGAAUUAUUCAUGGAGAUGGAGAAGAUAGGUCCACAGCCAAACGAUGCUACGUUUAUCUGUAUCUUAUCUGCAUGUACUCACGCUGGUAUGGUUAUGGAAGGUUGGUGGUACUUUGAUCACAUGCGUCGAGUUUACAAGAUUGAACCCAAGGUCGAACACUAUGGUUGCAUGGUUGAUCUCCUUGCCCGAGCUGGUUUGAUGAGAAAUUCAGAGGAGCUUAUAAGAAGGAUCCCUAUCAAGGGUGAAGGUGGACCUGCCUUGUGGGGAGCUUUACUAUCUGCUUGCAGGACCCACUCAGAUUCAGACCUUGGGAAGAUUGUGGCAAAGAGACUUAUUGAGUUGGAGCCACAUGAUAUUGGUCCCUAUAUAUUGCUAUCAAAUAUAUAUGCUGCUGAAGGUAAAUGGGAUGAUGUUGAACAUGUGAGGUUGAUGAUAAAAGAAAAGGGAUUACAGAAAAAACAGGCAGCUUGCAGCUUGGUUCGUCUUGAAGAUUUUGAAUCUAAAAAUAUUUUGAGCAACAAUUUGAUCCCUAGGAAAAGGAUAGUGUACUCGAUGUUGAAUGAAUUAGGUACUCAUAUGAAGUUAUCCCUUGAAGGUUCAACUGAGAAAUAAAAUCUCAGACCCAGAUAAAGCCCAUAAAGGUCAAGUUUUCAAGGAGGAUUUUUCUGAGACUUCCUUUUCAGCUAUACUUGUUUAUGACAGGCUCCCCAUGUUAAAGAGUAGAUACUGAAGUUAGAUUAUGGCUAUCAUGUAGUGGAAGGUCAUGACAGUGUCUAGAAGCGAAGCAAUUGAAGAGCGAUGUGUUUUCUAGAAUGGAGAUGCGACCAUGAUUGAUUUGAAUAUUGAGUAUAUUACUUAAGAAAAAUUA